UCGUGAAAUGCCGAAAAAAUUCGAAACGAUCGGUAGAUGACACGAAGAGACUCGAAUCGAUUCGAAAUUGUUGUCUCUUUGUAAUUAUGAUAAAAACGUAUCUGAUGCAUCUCACAAAAAUUGAUGUAUCCUUGGACGCGGUAGCGAAGCGAUUCGCUUGCAAGCGUAAAGAUAUUUUGCCUUUAACAUUGAAAUUAAUUCUAUUUGUUACCGUCUUUUAUUGCGAGGUUCGAGCUAACGUAACACCAUAUACGAUAAGAAAAACGAGCCUUGGCUUAAUUCGUAGAGUUCAUCGCGACGAUUCUAGUAUCAAAGGGCCAAUCGUUGAUUGGCGCCAAGAGAACCAACGAGUGGAACAUACCGAAGAUCUAGAAAAUUUAAGAUCUUCAAAAAACACGAAUGAAAAUGUACAUUUUGAUUUAUCAUCGCUUUUCAAUGCUGCCAAAAAUAUUACGAAAGCUGACAAGACGAUGUAA